UGUUGAUUUUAUGUAAGUUGCAUGUUGCACAGCAGAUUAUAUGAAUAGAGUGAUUGAGAAAUAUUCCGUUGAAAUCCUUGAAGAAACUGCAACUCGAAGCCACGUGAUGAUUGUGUUAUAAAACCACACAUCUAUUACUUUCUCGCUGUGAUUCAUUUAUCCACAAAUACAUAAUAUCAACAUGGAUAUGGAGGACGAUGUAAGCUCAAUCGCAGAACAAAAUACAAGAUCACCUAGACGUAAUAGACGUAAUAGAAUAUCUCAUAAAACAAGUUUUAGAAAAUUUCUCAGAAAUGUUUGGCGCAAAAUCGAAGCCGAGAUUGAUGGAAAAGAAUACAAGAAUACGGAUGACAAUGGGGAUCACUAUUUCUACUCGGAGUACGAAGAAGAACAGACCCCGAGAUAUAGACCCGACUCGUUGGCGAGUCUUUGUCGAGCUACGAGAUUCACCGAGGCAGAGCUGAAGAGAAUAUAUCGUGGCUUCAAGGCAGAAUGUCCCACGGGAGUCGUCAGAGAGGAAACUUUCAAGUGCAUCUACUCACAGUUCUUUCCGCAAGGAGCUAAUACUAGCCAGUAUGCACAUUACGUUUUCAACACCUUGGACCAGGAUCAUAGCGGUAUUCUCAGUUUUGAGGACUUCGUUACUGGUCUCAGCAUACUGUCUCGUGGUUCCAUCGACGAGAAGCUGCGCUGGACGUUUUCCCUUUACGACAUCAAUGGCGACGGUUGCAUCACAAGGGAGGAAAUGACGGACAUCGUGACAGCUGUAUACGAGCUGAUGGGAAAAUUUUCUGACCCGAAUAUGGACCAUGAGGGUGUGCGAGAGAAAGUAGAUCGAAUGUUUCAGAAGAUGGAUGGGAACAAAGAUGGAGUGGUGACGCUGUCGGAAUUCUUAGAAGCGUGUCGCGCCGAUCCCGAUAUUUCAACGAGUAUGGCUGCUUUGGACACGGCCUUCUGACACUCGGCGCGACCACGAUACAUGCCAUGGACCUAAAGAGUUUCUGUUGAUUUAGGAAUAUAUCGCUCAACGUUGUACCUUAUCUCCUGGACCAGGGGAAUUUCCUCAAGGUUAUUACGAGGAUUUCGACCGAGAGAUAGACUCGCCGAAUCUCGAAUUUCCGAUGUCGAAACGCCUCGAAGGAAAACGAAUGAUGUAUGAUCCGGUUGGAACAAAAGCGUCUAUUAUUAAGUGAAAUUCGUAGCGUUUAUCAGGUGAAAUUCAAAGACGAUGUUUGGAUGUAUCGAAUUCUUUUCUACGUAGAUUUAUUCAAUAACGUAUACAGAGUGGGGCAAAAUUCAGAUUGGUACAAACAAGAUCAGAGAGGAUAGUAUACGGUUGAAAAUGAAGAGAAAAUCAGGAAUAACAAAAUUACGUUAGAGGCUUCGUUUUCGAGGAAAAUACAUUUGAAAAUCAAUCUAGUACGCGUACAAUCGAUUGAUGACUGGCGUUAUACAAUAAAUUUCGCUGCAGACAGUUACCUACUGUCAAUGUUCUUGUACACGAUACACUGUGUGACUGUCAAUUCCUAUCGGGCAAAAGACACGGCGAUUGCGUUGGAAGCUUAUGGUGGAAAUAUAUUUGCUGCACCCUGUAUACCAUGCGACGUGUCGCGUCACGUAUUUUCAAUUAGCAUUACGAUUUGGUCAUUGUCGAACAUAUAAUACCGUAGAUCUGCCGGAACGUCGAUCAGAUUUUCCACUUCUGAACCGAUCUAGCCACUUCGAAAUGAUAUUCUCAGCUACAGCAGCGUCUCUAUAAACGAUACAUAUCUUUUUUACUGUUUGUACGACGUUUCUUCCCAUUUAUAUUAGCAGAGCGUCGAAUGACGAAAAUGCACCUUACUUUCCUUCGUCUUUACUUUUAACGUAAACACGCUCAAAUUUGCAGAGAAAGACGCGUUAACCAGUUGACAGCGGAAUUUAGUUUUAAAAGUUUCAUACAGACAAUGACGAUACACGUCGAACGCAGGGCAAAAGCUUAUAAAAAUUUUACUAAAAAGGUAGAACGAAACGGGGGAGGAUUACAUUUUUAUUCGAUAAAAGAUUCACAAUUCAUCGUUGAAAAGGGUAUUAUUAUCAAAAAAUUGUAAAUUGUCAAAAAACAAAAUAACUCGGGGAAUAGCCAAUAUACGCAGUGAAGUACAGAGAUGGGGAUACAUCUGAGAAAAUAAUCAACUAAAUUUAUAAAGAGCAGUACAUUAUACGAAGUAUAACACGGAGAAUAAUCAAAUAAUCAAACUGUUUUUUUUAUAAAAUACACAACAGUUUUACUAAAGGUAUAAAGGAAACGUACCGCUAAAUGUCAUUUAUGUUACUUUUUACUAAGAUUUUGAAUUUUUACAGUAAAUGGUAAUUUUUUAGUUUACAUGACGAGUAUACGCGUCAACCGCAGAGAAAUAAAGUUUUGGAUUGACGUGUAUAAAGGCUGAACGCAGUUGGCUGGUUAAAAUGUCAGAAUGCGGCGAAACGUUAGAGAACGUGUAACACGUGCUUCAUUUUGAAAUGGUGACAUUUCACGCGUUCAUCAUGUCGCUGUGGAAAAACGCUACGAACUUUUGUUCCAACCUACACACUUUUUUUUCUGUAACAUGGUCGCGUUAAAGAACCCUUUCAAACCGAAGAUCACGAAAUGGUCCUAAGAAUAGAAGAGAUUGUACUUUCGAUAUUCGUAGUUCUAGUUGUCCAGUGUGCGUUUCGCUAGGUAAGGAAGGAUUAGAUGAGAGAUGAAUAAGAAAAGCGUUAAACGAAAAAAAAAAAAAACAAAAAACAGAUAAUAUACCAUAUGAUCGUUAGUAGUUAUGAUCGGAACUUGUUGCGAACUGUGUCCGACAGUUCACUUUUUAAAGAACGCGCGCUACAAACGAUGAACAAAUAUGCAAAUUUAGAGAAAGCAAAAAUAAUAAAAUGAGGAAAGAAGCAACUGUGCCAUUGAGACUUGACGUAAAUUGUACGUGGCAUUCGGCAUUAUUCGUGCCAAAAAAUACAUAUAUUAUAGUUCUAUAGGAAAGGUAUAAAAAAAAAAAAGGAAGAAACACAGACAUUUGUGUGGAAAUAAUUGAGCUUAACUUAUAUUUGUUUUACCUUCAUGUUCUUUACUUAAACAACAAAUGUAUUUUGACGAAGAAGAAAUGGAAGAAAGAGAGACAUCUUCACUUUAGCUGAUAUUUUAUAUUGAAAAACACGCAUGCACGGUAACAUAUGGAUUCUUAACGACUUACGAUAACGACGUAGUCUAGUUUUCUACGACGACCAUAUUUUUUUACGAGGCUAUUGCUCGUUACGUCGAGGCAUAGCUUUUACAUUUACAUUUUAUGUAUUAGACUAUCCGUUCCCGUAGAGAUUCACGCUGUUUUUAAAUGCAAACGAGGCGUUUCUUUUUAUUCGCGUGUUAUCAUUGCCGAGAAUACCACAAAAACUAUCCCUCGUUUCGUUUCAUUUUUGAUACCACCAUUGUUUCUUGUGAGAGCGAGCAUUCCUAAUUCCCCAGAGCCGCGAAAAA